AUGGCUGACAAGGGUCUUGAGGACGUGCCUGAGGGCCAGAUCGAGUCCAACUAUGACCAGACCGUUGACUCCUUCGACGACAUGGACCUGAAGUCGGAACUCCUCCGUGGUGUCUACGCCUACGGUUUCGAGCGUCCCUCUGCCAUCCAGCAGCGUGCCAUCAUGCCCGUCAUCAAGGGUCACGAUGUCAUUGCCCAGGCUCAGUCCGGUACUGGCAAGACUGCCACCUUCUCCAUCUCCGUCCUCCAGAAGAUCGACUCCAACGUCAAGCAGUGCCAGGCCCUCAUCCUCGCCCCCACCCGUGAGCUUGCUCAGCAGAUCCAGAAGGUCGUCGUUGCCAUCGGCGACUUCAUGAACAUUGAGUGCCACGCUUGCAUUGGUGGCACCAGCGUUCGCGACGACAUGAAGGCCCUCCAGGACGGUCCCCAGGUCGUCGUCGGUACCCCUGGCCGUGUUCACGACAUGAUCCAGCGCCGCUUCCUCAAGACCGACGGCAUGAAGAUGUUCGUCCUCGACGAGGCCGACGAGAUGCUUUCCCGUGGUUUCACCGAGCAGAUCUACGACAUCUUCCAGCUCCUCCCCCAGAGCACCCAGGUCGUUCUUCUGUCCGCCACCAUGCCCCAGGACGUUCUUGAGGUUACCACCAAGUUCAUGCGCGACCCCGUCCGCAUUCUCGUCAAGAAGGACGAGCUUACCCUCGAAGGUAUCAAGCAGUUCUACAUCGCCGUCGAGAAGGAGGAGUGGAAGCUCGACACCCUUUCCGACUUGUACGAGACCGUCACCAUCACCCAGGCCGUCAUCUUCUGCAACACCCGCAGGAAGGUCGACUGGCUCACCGACAAGCUCACUGCCCGUGACUUCACCGUCUCUGCUAUGCACGGUGACAUGGACCAGGCUCAGCGUGACCUGAUUAUGAAGGAGUUCCGUUCCGGUUCUUCUCGUGUCCUGAUUGCCACUGACCUUCUGGCCCGUGGUAUCGAUGUCCAGCAGGUUUCCCUGGUCAUCAACUACGACCUUCCCGCCAACCGUGAGAACUACAUUCACCGUAUCGGUCGUGGUGGUCGUUUCGGUCGCAAGGGUGUUGCCAUCAACUUCGUUACCGCCGAGGACGUCCGCAUGAUGAGAGAGAUUGAGCAGUUCUACAGCACCCAGAUUGAGGAGAUGCCCAUGAACGUUGCCGACCUCAUCUAA